CCUUUGUUCAAGAAGCAGUCGGAUAUGUUGUUUCUAACACUUGACAGUUAUAGUUUUCCACAAGUUGUAAGACACAUCGUAAAAACUUGAGAGUUAAUAAUAAGAUGCCUAAUCAAGUUUGUGUUAUUUGCGGUGAAUAUAAAAGGUCGAGAAAAGUUUCUUUUUUUUCUAUCCCUAAACAAGAUACAAGAUUGAAAAAUAAAAGUGAUAGAGAGUUAGUUGAAAGAAGAAUUGCAGCUUGGAUGGCAGCUAUUGGAUCUAAUAUCAAUAAGUACUAUGGUACACCCUCUGUGUGUUCUUUACAUUUUCAUUCAGGCAAACCAGCAUACAUGUUUUAUGUAGAUGAUGUUGACUGGGUUCCGUCAAAGAAUUUAACUAACACAGAUCAACAUGAUGAACAAGAUCAUGAUUUUGAUUCAGACUUAUCACAUGCACACCCAAGUUGUGAAGACAGUUUACGAGUUGAUGACAGUACAGUGCAUGAGAUCAUUGUAAAUUCAAGCAGUCUUAGUGACAACAGCACAUUGCAUGAUAAUGUGUUGCAUGGCACAUUUCAAAGUAACGACAUUACAAUGGAUGACACUUCUUUGGAUUCUAACUUUGAACAUAAUGAUACCUCUACAGCGAAAUGCCUUUUUGAAAUCCAAAAUCUUGUUAAUUUUUUGAAAAAAAAAGGGAUUACUAAACCGGAAGAACAAACAUUAAGAGAAAUUAAGACACAUUUUGAAACGUUUCAUUCUACAAUUCAAACAGAAUCUGACAAGGUGUUACAUUCACAGACACAAGUUUCUCCUAAAGUCAUUAACUUGGGUAGGAAUUCAGUUGAUGAACAGCUUCAAGCAAUGAUGGUAGAGUCGACAAACCUGAAGGAAACAAUUUUUUCUUUAAGAGAGUUAGUCAAGAAAGAAAAGUUAAUUAACAGGCUAACAGAUAAUGAUAGAAUGACUAAGUUUUAUACUGGGCUGAAGUCAUGGAAACUUUUUGAAAUUAUUUAUCAAUUAAUUUUGCCUGGAAUUCAUGAUUCAAGUUCGUUUACGAAACGAUCACUUCCAACAAAAGAGCAAUUCCUUCUAGUUCUAAUGAGGUUGCGACUAAAUUUAUGUGAACAAGAUUUAGCUUACCGCUUUCAUAUUUCUCAAAAGUCAGUUUCAUCGUAUUUAGUGAAAUGGAUUGACGUAAUGUAUAUUCGUCUAUCCCGGAACUUUAUGAUUUGGCCCACAAAGGAAGCUUUGUUGAAAUCAACACCAACAUUAAAAAAAAAAAAAAAAACUUUUAGAAUUUUAAGAGAUAGAGUACCAUUUCCGUUAAUAUCACGCGACGAAGACAACAUUUCUCAUUUUGAUAAAAUUGCUUUUGUUUGUUGUUGCCUAAGUAAUGCAAACCCCAGCGUUGUACCGAUACGGUAACUAUUGCUAACAGUCUUACAUCUAUUGACCAAUGAGACAAUACAAAAAUCUUUCACAGAA